CAACAUAGAGGAAUUUGAGUUCUCUGAAUGGACAGAUAGUUUAGAAGAUGAAUUCAUGGAGACAGAGAGCGCUUUAGUCCAUGGAAGCAUGCAGAAUAAUAUUACUCAGCCACUUGAGAAAAAUAAUGGAAGAUGUAUAGAAAAUAGAGAUCUUAAGUCAAGAAAGCUUUCUUGUUUGGGUGAAAGUUGUCAGGGGAAGAUGUUUCACAUUCAAGAGAAUUCUCUUCUUUCUGGUUACCUUAGAUCACUUGAUGGGAUGGCUGAAUCAUCUAACGAACCCAUCAUUCAACUUUUUGGUUCAAAGUUUGCUGCUGGCUCAGCACUUGCCUGUAAAACAGACACAUUGUUUUAUUUAUUAAGACAACAGAUUUUUAAAUUAAUGAAUAUGCAAAGUGAGGAAGGGAUGUUACCCUUAUCUUCUGAAAUGAAUUCAAAAUGUAUAAAAAUAAGAAAAGAAUGUGCACAUUUUAUGGCCUACGUACACAACUAUAUCAACAGAUAUUGUAUGAGUCACUGUGACGUUGGUAAUCUACCUGACGGUCAAUUUAUUAAAAGUGUUCUUCAUAUGCCUGCAAUUCUCAGGCAAGAACUUGGAGGAAUUGUACAAUUCCUUGGAAGACUCACGGAAUUGUCAAUCACUUCCCUUAUAAGGACUGACAUGAGAUUGUCAGCUGACCGGCCGUCUGCAACAUUCCACAUGUUUCAUGUUUAUCUUGAUAUGGUAUGCAACGUCAUUCAAGCAUUAUGGGAAAUUCUUAACAAACAAGAUAAAGAAAGCUGUAACAAUUUACAAGAGAUUGAUGACAUCAUUCUGUCAAUCAAAAACAUUGCAAUGGCUUUACUAUGGGACCUAACUGCCCUAGCAGCCACAUCGUUCAACAUGGUACCCAGAUCAGAUCUUCACAAAACCUCACCUUUUCUUUGUUCAUGUGUUUGUGAAGUGUGGGUAUCACUUAUUCACACUCUAGACCAGCUGUCAGGACAAUACAAUCUUGAUCCAUUCUGGUCAUUGUUGUCCAGUAUUCUACAACAAGUUCUCAGUCCAGGAGAUAACUCAUCACAAAAUACCAAUGAAGAAGAAAUUUCUGAUGUUCAGUCUGACUUUACUUGUAACGAUCCUGAUCAUUUCUGUUGGUGGCUGGUUGCAAAGGUUGCGCCAUUAUACUGGUUUAAUGACGGCCAUGUUUAUGCAGUCAGGAGAAAGGGAUCAAAACCAGGAAAUUGGGUGUUCAUAACAGAGCUUCUGAAAUCUUCACUUUCAAGUUUAAAAAGUGGCCAAGAAGAGUACCAUCGUCGAUUCUAUCUAAGAUGUUGUCUUGCUGUGUCCUGUCAUUGGUCAGCUAAUACUGGAAUUGUAGUUUGGUUAUGGGAGUAUUUCCAUAAACGCUUGAAUGAAUUGUUUAAUAUUCCAAGUCAUACCCUCCAUGGAAUGACCACUGUCAAUUUAACAGUCACCCAGUGGAUGGAGCAGUGUGCUGGUAGAUGUCAAGAUCACUUGUCAAGCCUUGAUCAGGAAAACAGCUUUUCUUUGCUGCUAAGAAUUAUUGCUGUUCAUCUCAACAAAAUACAGCUGUCAGGGUCACAGCAAGGCUGGAAACAGAUGAAGGGCAGGUUUUAUUCCAAGUUCACAAAAAAGCGCAUGGAGGAGUUGAGUGAGACUGGUACAAGACAUUUUCUUAAUUUAUUUCUUACAUUGUCUUAUAUUGCCGCUGAUCUGGAAGAUGUGGCAACUAAAAUGUGUCAUUUUCUGGAUUUACUGGACUUCUCCAGUGAAUCUCCUGGUAAAAAGGUUCUCAUUGUUAAAGGUUUGUUUACUUUGAUGUUAAUCUACAAAGAAAGAAACAUGGACUUUGCAUAUUUGUCCAACAAGAUGUCAACCAUGUUUUGGUUGGUUUGUAAGGAAUUCUCUCCUGAAAAACAAGUGAGAGACAAACGACAACUAUGGGACCUGGUAAUGGUGUACCUGGACGGCACACAGGAAAUACUUGAACACAAGAAUAAGCAUGAUUUGUCUGAGUUUAAACUGAUUGAGAGUCCAGGAUUUAAAUAUCUUUUUGAGGGUUGUCGUGGCAAUGAACUCCAACAUCUUUUGAUGUUCGUUCAGUCUGUCUUAGCAUUAGUACGGCCAUUACAAGACAACACAGCUGUCAGCAGUAAACAAGAAAUGUCUGGAUAUUUGUGGUCAAACAUGUUCCCGUACUUACAAAAACUGUUGUCACGCGAUCGCACCAUUAUGAUGCCGCUCUCUACGAUCCUGGCAGAUACAAUGGCUGGGUUCACCCUACUCGCUUUAGAGAGGUACCCUGAUACUGUGAACAGAAGUGUUUCUUUCAAGAAUUUAAUGUCAGACUAUGGCAUCAAAGAUGAACUUCCAGCAAGUUUUGUCUGCAGAUUUCUGGGCCAUGUAAUAACAGCUCGUGAUGCUGAGAUGGUCAUUGAAGCUGAAUCAUUACAAAGUCAAGUGAUUCAUGCUUGGUUUCGAUGUUUAUUGCAAUUGCCUACAAAUGAAGAGAGCUGCUUUACACUGUCAAGGGCUGUUGCUCAACUUCCUGAAAUGGCAUCAUUAAUCAAAAAUCAGGAAGGGUUUGGUUUGAGUGAAAAUAGUGAAACUACUCUGAAGCAGUUUAUUAUGGCACUAGCCAGUCAUUACCAAUCACUGACAACAUUUGAACAAAUCAUUCAGUUUCGUACUCGAGCUCAGCUGUACUUUGGUAAUGUUGAGAAGUACAUUGAAGUAUUUAUCAACACUGGAAAACCACAAGACUCUCUCAGACUGGCUUUCUCUUUGUGUGGUUCAAUGUUUAAAUACUGCUACAAGAUCAUUUACAGUAAGUCUAUACAACUGUGCCUGCUGCCAAAACUACUUGAUCAACUAAUCCUACCAUUGCAUACCAACAAAGUCCUUCCUGUUGUCCAGCAACAUGCCAGUCGAUACUUGCAUAUGUUUUUGCAAGGUCUAUCACAACUCGACUUUAGGAAAGACGAGUUUAUAAAAAGGAAAAUCCGCAAAAUAUUGGAUAAUUACUUUCAUAAGAGUUUGAUGACUACCAGUCCUCCAGCAACUGUUAACAACCCUUUCAUGGCUGUCUUAAAAGAUUCCUUAGAAAAGGAGCCUACCAAGGAAUCAAGUGAUUUCAGACAGUUCUGCAUUAGUUAUAUCUCAGAAGAGUUUUUUCAGCUGCCACAGCCACCUCAGAAACUGAAUGUGACACUUCACUUCAUGGUCGACCUCUUCAAAAGAACACAGUCUCUACAACAAAUAGCCAGAAAUACUGAGGCACUCCUGGUUCCAAUUCUUGGCUGUUUGUUGGCUUGCGAGACCAGCCAACCAGGAAACGAACCACCAAACAUCAGACGUCAAGCAACAGACAUUUUAAGGAUGAUGAUUGACAGCUCCAAACAAGAUGAAAACUAUAAGUCCAUUUUAUCACCUCUUUUAAAGACAUUUGUAGCAAAUAAUUUACAGAAAUGUCAGGGGCAGGUGUUCGCUACACUCAAACCCCUUACUGUGCUAGACCCACCACUCAUUACUGGUCUUAUUCCAGACUUUAAACAGUCCAUGAUGCAAAGCGAGACAUCACGUGGUGUCGGGACAGAUAAUCAAUUAAGAAAAGCAUUUCAUAAUCUUUUAAAACAUCUUGGACAAGGAGAAUAAGUAAAUUUGAAUCACUCAUUGUCGUGUUUGAAGAAUGGGCAAUAUUGUCAGAAAUCAUGAAUCAAUGUAAAUUUUUACGACUCAGAUCUGCUUCCAUUUGUCAUAUCUGUACCUGAGUAAAGCAAUUCUGAUCAUGUUUUAUUCUGGGCACCAGAUGGAACUGUUUAAUAUCACUUAUCUAACUAUAAGUCAACAGUAAGACUAAAAAACACUGUUAAUUGUAAAUUAUGUACAAAAAACCUGAGAUCACAAGAUUGAUGUAUAUUAAAAUUAUUGAAUAAAUAUAGAUUUGA